UAGUAAAUAUCGAGAAAAAAUUUUUUUGAUCUGUUCCGAAAAAAAAGUUUUACGAAAAAAAAAGGUAAACAAAUAUCAUCGUCACACUCAACGAUAGCAACGAUGGAUUGCAACAAUUUAUGAAUUUUGUUUGUUUUUUUCACAAAAAAAAAUUUUUUUUUCAAAAAUUUUGUUUUAUUUGUUUUUGUUUGUUUGUUAUGUUUAGUGUGUAUUGCGAUAACAAAAUAUCAUCCGUCCAACCAAAUCAUUUCGUUUCUACUUAUUAGCAUUUUUAAAAUUAAAUACUGCCAUCAUAUAUAGUUUUUUCUUUGCAUUUUCAAUAAUUCUAAUUUAAUGAAUUAUGGCUACAUUAUCACCGUUUAUUAAAACGGCAUCAUCAUCAUCAUCAUCGAUGAUUGUAAAUCAUCGUGGAACGAUUACGAAAACAUCACCAUCUGGUCGUCUUUCAUUAUUAUCCAGCGAUAUUGAAGAAGAUUUAGGUAUACUUGAUUUGAAUGCACCGGAAUUCAAAUACAUUUGUCGACAAGAAUAUUGGCUAUUAAAUGAUAAGGAAUAUAAUCCUGAAACAAAUUUUUCCUAUGAUAUUGUACUCGAAUGGAUUAAUGGCUAUAUACAGAUAAAAUCUGAUGAUGAAUAUAAAAAAUAUUUUCAUGUUUCCAUUGACAGCAAUAGUAAUCUUCAUCAUUUUCGCCAGAAUUCAGCAUUAUCUUCUUCAGAUUCUUCUAGAAGCCAUUUGACUCCAAUAAAUGGCUAUAAUCGUUUUGAUUAUCUUACAAAAUCAUCGUCCGUAUCACGUACGGCAACCAUAACAAAACGAAAGAUUGAAAAUAAUAAUUUUAAUGAUAAUCAAUUCAAUACUCCUACCAAUUCAUCAUCGAUGAACAAUGAUAAUACUGUACGUUAUGGUACUAUAACAAAAGGAACGAUUUCACGCCCAUUUCUCAAUAACAAUAAUAAUAAUAAUCGUGAAUUAAAUCGAACGUUUGGUCUAAUCGAAUCAAAGCUGAAAUUUACCGAAUCUUCCACAGAAACAAGUUCUGAUAGUAAUGGACAAAUAAUUACAUCAAAUGUUUCUACUACUCCUACCAUGAUUGAUAAUCAUCUGCCGAUUAAUACAAAUACGAUAACAAAGACAAAUCGUCGUAUAUUGAAUGUUACUUUGGAUAUUGUUGGUCGUAAUCAUUCAAAUAUACAACAACGUUUAGAAUGUGAUCCUGGCAAUACUUCAACAUCCGAAACGGAUAACAGUAGUGAUCUAAAUCAGGCCAAUAAUUUAAUGAUAACUUCGGAUGAUUUGGUCGAAGAAUUUGGCCUUUCAUCUGAUAGUGGUCUUACCGACAACAAUGAUUUAAAAAGACCAACAUUGAAUCGUACGUUUGAAAUGAACACGGAGCAAUCGAAUCUUAUCGAGGAUAGUAAUGAUGAGAAUUAUAGGAAUAUUGUUGACAGUUAUAACCAAACAUCAGAUACAUCUGAUAGGAAUUUUCCCACAAUUUCUAGAAAUAAUACUCGUACUUUGUUAUUGAGACGUGAAGCAAGUCAAGGACAGAUCAACAACAAUAAAAUGAAUAAUAUAAAUGAUCGAACUAUAAGCAAAACGCGACAAUCAAUGAAACAAGUAAAUCUGGUCUCAUCUAAUGAUGAUCUGCUUAAUUCUGACUGUUCAACAUUAUCUCUGAGAUCAUCAACAAUGUCUGGGGGCCGUAGUGAACCUAAUCUAUUAGAUGCACAAAAACGUACAACAAAUGGCUCAGCACCAUUAUCGGUUCAUAGCAUAAAGUCGAAACCUCGACUAUCACAGAUACAGGUGAUCAAUGCACCGAAAUUUCAGAGUCGCCUAAUGGGUCCUACUGGAAUAGCAAUCUCUGCUACUAAUGGUAGUCGAAUAUCACGAAUUGCACGUCCAACCGCAAAUGGUGUUUCAUCCCAACCAUCAUUGGUAAAUAUUCGUAGCAGUGGUAUUCCUGGAAACGGAACCACUGCCAUAAGAUCUACCAAUAGCUUUGGUAGUAUGGGUUCGAUACGUGAUCAACAACUACUUCAGAAUCAUCAUUUUCAACAACAAUCAAAUCCAUUUCAAAUUCCACGCGCUGUUAGCCAGAUUGAGAUGAGCAAUGAUGAUGAUGGUCAACAGCAGCAGCAACAACAACAACAACAAGAUUUGAAUGGUAAUGAUGUUCAACAACAACGAUUAGGAAUGGGAUUGGAUCGAAAGUCUACAUUUCGUGUAACUAAUCGGCCGUCCUCAUCAUCAUCAUCAGUGACAUUGAUGACCAUUACAACAAUGUUUGAUGGACAACAAUAUUCAAAUCAAAAACCAGUUAGGAAUCAUCAACAAACAAAUAAUCAUUGUAAUUCAAAUUUGAAUGUGAAUCAUUUUUUGAAUGCAUCAAGUGGUAAUCAAAAUCAACGGGAGGUAGAUAAUAAUGUAAAUCAUCAUCAUCGAUCGUCAUCACCAUUAUUGUCACGAAAUUCGAAAUCUUCACAUUCUAAACAAUCAUCGAUUAUAGUCAGCGAAUCCACUAUUCCACAUCGCUCAUCAUUUAUAUUCAGUGAAGGUUCUAACCAUAAUAAUAAUCAUAUUUGUUCUGAUCAUACUAACAACAACGACAUCAACAAUGGUGAUAAAAACAUCGUUACAUCAUCACGGAUACCUGGGUUGAUGAAAAAUCCAUUAUCAUCAUCUUCAACAUUUAAUAACGGCAACAAUUUUGUCAUCACUGCACCAACAAUGGCUAAUAGAUUAAGCAUCCCAGUCUAUGGAAACAGCAAGGAACCAUUACAACGGCCAAAUUUAAUCAACAAUUUCGAACAAAUGCCAAAUCAAAUAAUAGACAACCGAACAUUCAACAAUUGCAUGGAAUCAACACACGUUUUGGUAACGCCAAUGGUGAACACAGGUAAAUCAAUAAAUCCAUGUCAACAGCCACAACAACAACAAUUGAAUCGCACAAUAUUCACCACCACUGCACAUCAUCAACCACCAAGAGGUUUCAAGAUUAAUAGUUGUAAUGGAUUGGAAGAUAAUUCAUGGCAAGAUGAUUGUUAUUGAAUGAAUGAAAAAAAAAAUCAACGAUCAAACUAGUCUUUCUAAUAAUUUUUCAAACAAAUGCAAUCGCGGUGAUGUGAUUGAUGUGCGAUUUCUGUAAAAUCCAAAUAAAUGUCUACUAAA